CUAUUGGCUGAGUCCGCUGAGGGUGACGUCAGGGGAUGUACUAAGGCUGGGUUGGGCCUGGAGUCGGAGCCAUUACUGCAGGAACAGGUCCCGAUACCUUAACGCUCAAGAUGUGUGACUUCACCGAGGACCAGACCGCAGAAUUUAAGGAGGCCUUCCAGCUGUUUGACCGAACAGGUGAUGGAAAGAUCCUGUACAGCCAGUGUGGAGAUGUAAUGAGGGCCCUGGGCCAGAACCCCACCAACGCCGAGGUGCUCAAGGUCCUGGGAAACCCCAAGAGUGAUGAAAUGAAUGUGAAGGUCCUGGAUUUUGAGCACUUCCUGCCCAUGCUGCAGACAGUGGCCAAGAACAAGGACCAGGGCACCUACGAGGACUAUGUUGAAGGCCUUCGGGUGUUUGACAAGGAAGGGAACGGCACUGUCAUGGGCGCUGAAAUCCGGCAUGUCCUUGUCACACUGGGUGAGAAGAUGACAGAGGAAGAAGUAGAGAUGCUGGUGGCAGGACAUGAGGACAGCAAUGGUUGUAUCAACUAUGAAGAGCUCGUCCGAAUGGUGCUGAAUGGCUGAGGGCUGCCCUUCCUGUGUCCCCAGAGCCCUGUGCCUUCUCCUGUGCGAGACUGUAUGUAGCCCUGAGAGCCGCCUAGGCUGUCACACACAGCUCCUUUCCCAUCUUGUAGCUCUCGGAUAAUACUUGGCCAGCAGCAUUCACCAAAUAAACUUGCUGUCUAUGCCC